UUCUUCAACUUCUUUGAUUCAGCAAACAAGGCUUCCAAAAAAAGAUAGAUUUCAACUCAAUUUUGAUAGUUUAAGAAUCCUAGAUGUGUCUAAAUAGUUUUUGAGUAGAUUAAACACUCCAAAGAAACCUAGAAAUUAAGAAAAUUAUAGUUUCGAGAGUUUGAGAACCAUUUGAUGUAGAACUAAGUCUACUAAUGGUCCCUGAGCAUUGUUAAGCUACAAACUGUUGUAUAGCUUUUUUUUUGAGCAAGUUAUGCCUUCUCUAAUGAAGUUGGACCUAAAUUACAUACAUGAUGUGCUUAAUCAUCCCAAAAAUUUGAUCCAUACAGCGUAAUCUAGUCACAAAUUCUAUUCUGAAAUUUUCAAUUACAAAAACACAUUUUCUCAGUUAUGUAAUGCUCAAUAAAUUCAAGAUUAAGCCACAGCAGCAUAUGUUGUGUGACAAAUAAAAUAACAGUGCAUGCUAUCACUCUCAAUUAAUUGCUAAGUUGGUAACACAUGAGUCAUGCACGAUAUUCUAAUUAUAUAUUGAGUUAUCUUUAAAUAUUAGAGGAGUAGUUCAGUUAUGAUGUUAAGGAGUGAGUAGGACAUAGAAUCUACAGCUUUAACGAGAGACUUGUCUAGGAUCUAAGAUAAAACUCCAUGAAACUAAGAUUCAGUUAAUUCCCGAAAUUAUUCAAAUCGAAGACCCCCUCAGAACAUAUCCAACAGAAAGCAUUAAACUUAAAUGACCUUAAAGAUAGCUACAAGAAAUUUCCAUCAUCUUGAUGAAUGCUCAGUUACUUCUCCAAAUGAAUACAAGAAGAAUAAAGCACACAUGUUGUGCAAUAUCGAACCAUAAGCUACAAAUACAUAGACUGAGUAUAUAGAACGAGCUAAUUAUGAAAGACUAUUGCAUGAGUAGAAAUAAGAGAAAAGAAAAAGCACAAAAAAUAAUUGUGCAUGUGUAAAAAUAUAGGAAAUUGAAGGAAAAUUAAAAUUAAUAAAUGCACACAGCACGUAAGAAAGUUUGACCGAUUCCUCCUUGAUUGACCAUCGAACCAGAUGAUUACAAAAAAGUUUUAGAAUCAAAACAACAAUAACAAAGCUACAAAUUAGCCAAAAAUAGCUACUUCUAGUCGCCACACGUGCUGUACUCGAAAAUAGACUUGCUGCUAUUUCUGAUGGCUCCACCAGCAUACUCAGAUUUGGGAAAGAACGCUCGUGAUGUCUUUGGCAAGGGAUAUCACUUUGGCUUAUGGAAAUUGGACGUAAAGACCAAAACAAGCAGCGGUGUUGAAUUUACCACAUCAGGAAAUUCAAAUCAAGACAAUGGCAAAGUUUCUGGUUCAUUGGAGACCAAGUAUAAGCUCAAGGAACAUGGACUUACAUUCUCCGAAAAGUGGAACACAGACAACACUUUGACAUCAGAGGUUUCAGUUGAGGAUCAACUUGUCAAGGGUCUUAAAUUGAGUUUCGAUGGCUCAUUUGCACCACAAACUGGAAGCAAGACAGGACGCUUCAAGACAUCAUACGCUCACGAACGUGUUCGAUUAGACGGUGACGUUAAUGUUGACUUGGCUGGUCCAUUGAUCAAUGCAUCAGCUGUUGUUGACUAUCAAGGAUGGUUAGCAGGUUACCAAUUGGCAUUUGACACACAAAAGAGCAAGCUUACUGCCAACAACUUUGCACUUGGCUACAUUACUGGUGACUUUGUUCUUCACACAAAUGUCAACGACGGUCGUGAAUUUGGUGGAAGCAUUUAUCAACGUUGCAGCGAUCGUCUUGAAACUGGUGUUCAAUUAUCAUGGACAUCCGGUACAAAUGCAACCAAAUUCAGUAUUGGUACAAAGUAUGACUUGGACAAAGAAUCAUCAGUCCGCGCUAAAGUCAACAACUCAAGCCAAAUUGGAUUGGCUUAUCAACAAAGAUUACGCGAUGGAAUCACCUUGUCAUUGUCAACUUUAAUCGAAGGCAAGAACUUCAAUGCCGGUGGCCACAAAGUCGGUAUUGCACUUGAACUUGAAGCUUAA